AUGGAGGAAAAGCCUUUCGAAGCGUUGGCCAAGUCUUCGGGCCACCGUGGCUCAGGCAAGUCGGGCCCGCAAGACAUCCGGAACCUGUGGACCACGGCCACUCUGUCGCAGCCGAAGCUGAACGUGCCGCUCCCCACUGUCCACGAGGACUCGGAACUGGACGGCAGCAGCAAGACUCGCCGGUCGUACAACCAGAAGAAGGCUGGCCAUGACUCGGACGGUGGCUGGCAAGAAUCGGAUGACGGAGAGGACAAGGACAGUUUCAAGCCAGAGGAGCUGGACGAGCACACCUUGAUGAAGCUGGAGAUGCGCCGCGGCAGCUCCCUGGGAGGCUGUAUACAGGAGGACGAUUCCAAGACCGACGACGAAAAGUCUUCCUCAGUGUCAUCGCUCAAUAUCUCGAAGCACAGACCCCAUCGAGCCUACUGGGUGGAGCAGCAGAGCAGGCUGCCCCUGCCCCUGACUGAACUCAUGGAGAAGGAAGCUCUGGAAAUCCUCACCAAAGCCCUCCGGAGUUACCGAUCGGAGAUCGGCAGGGACCAUUUCCUGACCAAGCAGCUGCAGCGAUACAUCGAGGGGCUCAAAAGGCGCCGGAACAAGAGGCUGUAA